UUUCAGACAAGUUCAUGAAGCGAUUCUGGCACAAGUUCAACGGCCUCGAAGAACAUGAGGACAAAGGUCACAAUGCUGUCGGUGCUGCAUACAAGAGUUUCUACGACCCCAAGGACAUGAUUAUUCCUGAAGAUCAGGAUUUUAGUGGUAUCACUGUAAAGGAUGCAAGAAAGGUGCCGAAAAAGGAUAUCAUCAACUACGAUCAAACUAUUCAUCCAUAUCAUCGUGAAAUGUUUAUAAUUUCUCACAUGUAUGAUAAGGAUGGGUUCGGAAAAGUUGCGUAUGAUGAAGAUGGAAAUGUGAUUGGAAUAGGUCAAGCGAUUGUCUAUCAAACCAAAAAAGACUGCAACCUUGGUCCAAUCUAUGCAGAUAAUCCACGUGUUGCUCAGGCUAUGUUUGCAUCAAUUCUGAAAGAUAUUAAAGCUUCUGCCACUGAAAUCGACCAUUAUGAGGUGCGAUCUUCACAACAGAGUCAAGAUUGUUUCCGGUGAGUUUUGAAGAGAUAAUGACUUCCAAAUUCAAAUGAUUUUUAUCUGGAUCGCUCCAUUCCUUAAGUGCAAGCCAAGUCGUGUCCACAUCGACAAUCUUUCGUACAGGUAUGAGAUCCCAGAUGGUGUUGAUUUUGCAAAGGUCUACAGUCCAAGUCAAGUGCAAAUGUUCCUUGUUUGAAAUUUUUAAAGUGAAAGAGAACUGAAUAAACUGGGAUUCGAAUUCUAGCAUUAAUAAUUCAUGUAAAUACUGUUAAAGUUUAGCGUGGUUUUUCAAGAAAUUGUUUCACGUUUUCGUGGCAGCCUCGAAAUAUUCGCGAAAUUGUUUUGUUUCCAAAAAAAAAUCAUUCCGGUUUCUUCAACUUAUUCUUUCCACAUCAAACUCAUCAUGUUGGCUUCUCGGGGUUUUUAUGGAUAUUCUAUAUUUUCCAAACGAUUCUUUGCGCCUUCUGUGGUGCCGCCUUCUCCGAAGGAACUGACGAAAAAUGACGUGGAUUUGCUGACAAAUCCAGGCGAGGAAUAUUUGGACGGAUUGAUGAAAUGGCACGGCGACGAGCGACCCGUGUUCAAAAGAGAGGACAUUUAUCGUUGGUCGGAUAGUUUUCCAGAAUAUCGGCUAAGAAUGAUUUGUCUGAAAGACACGACAAGGGUCAUUGCAGUCGGUCAAUAUUGUUACUUUGAUGCUCUGAAAGAAGGAGAGCAGCCAUUGUUCUUCUUAGGAUUGGGAUGGACGGAUCCUGAAUAUCGUAAUCGGGCAGUUAUGGAGCUUCAAGCUUCGAUGGCGCUGGAGGAGAGGGAUCGGUAUCCGACUGCCAACGCGGCAUCGCAUCCAAAUAAGUUCAUGAAACGAUUUUGGCACAUAUUCAACGGCCUCAAAGAGCACGAGGACAAAGGUCACAAGGCUGCCGCUGUUUCAUACAAGAGCUUCUACGACCUCAAAGACAUGAUCAUUCCUGAAAAUCUGGAUUUCAGUGGUAUUACUGUAAAGGAUGCAAGAAAGGUGCCAAAAAGAGAUAUAAUCAACUACGAUCAAACAAUUCAUCCAUAUCAUCGAGAAAUGUUUAUAAUUUCUCACAUGUAUGACAAGGAUGGUUUUGGAAAAGUUGCGUAUGAUGAGGAUGGAAAUGUAAUUGGAAUUGGUCAAGCGAUUGUCUAUAAAACCAAAAAAGACUGCCACAUUAGUCCAAUUUAUGCAGAUAGCCCACGUGUUGCUCAGGCAAUGUUUGCGUCAAUGCUAAAGGAUAUAAGGACUUCUGGCACUGAAAUCGCUCAUUUUGAGAUGCGGUCGGCACAACAGAGUCAAGAUUGUUUCCGAUGGAUCGCUCCGUUCCUGAAGUGCAAGCCAAGUCGUGUCCACAUCGACAAUCUUUCGUAUAAGUAUGAGGUUCCAGAGGAUAUUGAUUUUACGAAAGUCUACAGUCCAAGUCAAACACAAAUGUUCCUUGUUUGAAAAUAUUGAAAAGAAAGAACGCUUAAUAAAUUGAACUCGAUUCUAAGAAUAAUUAAUUCAUGAACUGCCAAAGUUUUUUUUCAUAGUCAACAAAAGUUGCAAAAAAAAAAGCUAAAAAUUUUGGUUGUGGUAAAAAAUUUUGCAAACUGAAA